CUGAUGGCGGGAACAUCCACGCUUCGCUCGCCAUAGACACUAACCUGCUCGUAGGCCCUUAGGUGUUGCACGGAACGGUCAGACACACCCGACACUGCUGGCUGGGGCUGCCCCGCCGCAAGUGCGGUGAAUCCAUUGCUGGGGGCGCUGCAAGGUUGCUUCGCCCCCCUUGCACCUGAGCUUGACUCUCUUCUAUAUAGACUGUAACUUCAAUGCACUGAUUUCCUGGCAGCGGCCUGCUUUGGCCCGGGUCACUUGCGAGUCGGAAAGCUGAAACAUCUUAGCAGCUUGCCUAGCAGCAUAUUGUCCUUCACGUAGCUGUUUUACCAUUGAGCUGCCCGCAGCCAGCAUCAGCAAAAAGGUCAAUGGAGGAGCAGCAGCCAAGAGAGGAGGCCGGUUCGGGACAGGAUCCCCUUGUGCUCGACCGUGAGCACUUCGCGCAAGAGCUGCAGGAGCUGGGAUUGCUGGAAUUUGCCAACGAGGUCAACUUUAGCCGUCUCACAGAUGCACCAGGCGGAGCCGCGCUGCCGCCGGCCCGGCAACCCAGCAGCACCGGCCCUGUCGCCCACAACAUCCCGCCACCUCAGCCCACGCAGGCGUACGACAUCCAGCAGUGCCAGUACCAGAACCACGUCUCCGACGUCGCAACAGCUCGUGCAAUCCACGUGUUGCACCUCGCAAAAGUCAGCCUGCACCAGCUCGUUAACUCCUACAAUCCCCGCGGUGGGGGGUCGGGGGGAACCGAUGGCAGCUCCAAACGGCGUAAGACCUCUCGCGGCGCCGAUGCUUCCGGCAGCCGGUCCGGCAGCAAAGGCCUCAGACACUUUAGCAUGAAGGUUUGCGAGAAGGUCGAGGCCAAGGGCCGGACCACAUACAACGAAGUCGCAGAUGACUUGGUUCGGGAAAUGAGUCAGGCGGAAGCAGCGAACAAGAGCGGUCAAUUUGACGAGAAGAACAUUCGACGACGAGUGUACGACGCGAUCAACGUGUUGAUGGCUAUGGAGAUCAUCCAAAAAGAGAAGAAGGAGAUCACGUGGAAGGGCUUCCCCCGGCUUGGAAACCACUCUCUGGAGAAGCUCAAGGCCGAGCGGCUGGCUCGGAUAAAGGAGGUGGAGCAGAAGCAGCUGUAUCUGCAGGACAUGAUUGAGCAGCAAACGGCGCUGAGGCGGUUGCUGGAGCGCAGCGCUGCCCGCGGCCCCAACCCCAGUGGCACCCAGCUCUUCUUGCCCUUCAUCCUCGUGCAAGCCAAGCCUGACGCCACAGUUGAGGUGAAGAUCUCGGAGGACAUGAUGGACGUACAGUUUGACUUUUACCACUCGCCCUUCCAGAUUCACGACGACAGUCACGUGCUAAAGAAGAUGGCAGAGCACCUGGUGCGCCAGCAACAGCAGCAACAACAGCAGCAGCAACAACAGGCGUUCGGGAAUCCCAUGGCGGGCGGCCUGACGCUGCCUUGGCAGCCGCCAAGUGGCGGUCUGCUGGGAGCGGCUCUCUCCCCCAUGUCAGAUCCCGCCUUGGCACAUCUUGCAGCGGCGCAUGCGCAGGCACAAGCGCAGGCGCAAAGCAACCCCCUGGCGUACAGCUACCCGCCCGCUGCCGCCGCGGCUGCAGCCGCAUUCUACCAGCAGCAGCAGCAACAGCUGCAGUUGCUGCAACAACACCAACAGCAGCAGCAGCAGGGGCAGCAGCAAGCGCCGCAGGGUCAGUCUACGCAGUCAGGCCAGCAGCAGGGACAGCAGCAGCAACAGCAGGGGCAGCAAGCGCAGCAGCAGGGGCAGCAGCAAGGGUCGCAACAACCGGGGCAACCGCAGCAGGGGCAGUCGGGGAGCCAGCAAGGACAACAGCAGGGGCAGCAGUCACAGAAGGCGGGGCAGCAGCAGACACCGCCUGCCAUGCCUCAGCUGUUGGGUCCGUUCCCCGUUUCCCAGCUGCCCGGUCACCCGAACCUCCAACUGCAGGCCAUUCAGGCCCUCCAAGUUCAGGUAAUCCAAGCCCAGCACCAGCAACUGCAGGCCCUGCAGCAGCAAGCACGAGCCUGCUUGCCCGGCGGGUUAAGCCUGCCUCCCUUGCCGCCGCCGACGUUGGGCCAACCGGCGGGGGUUGCCGGUCACGCCGGUUUCGGUCUGUCACCGUCCUUGUCCGGGGGGGCACAUCAGCACCUCCACCAAGCGUCGCAGAUGGCGGGUAAGCUGGCGACGUCGUUGCAGCCGCCGCCUGGGUCGGCGUCCGCUGCUGCUGCGGCUGCUGCAGCGGCUGCCUCAGUUCUUGGAGCGUCGGGAGGGUCGUUGUUACCCCCGCCGCCGCCCGGGUCGCAGCAGCAUCUGGGUCUAUCCACGUCGCAGCAGCUUGGGGCGCUGUUGCCGCUGCCGCCGUUGCCGCUGCCGCUGCCGCCGUUGCCGACUAACCUGGCAGCCAUGCUAGCUCAGCCGCCGCCGGCGCAUCUAGGUCAAGCUGCCACGAUGGCCGCGACGGUGCCCUCGCAGCAGUCGUCACAAGCGCCAUGCGUGCCGCAAGGUGCGGGCGGCUCUUCAGCGGCGGCGGCAGGGGCGACAACGGGAGGCCCAGCAGCCGGGCUGCCGCCGCAACAGUCCCAGGCGGGAGCGCAGCCGCUUGGGAUGCCGCUACCGUCGUUGGGGGCGCCGGCGCCUGCGGCGGCGUUUCCGCUUGUCGCGUAGAUGGUGUGAUGCUAAGGCUAGAUGGUGCGUUGAGCUUAGGUAGGCUUGUGAGUAGGAGGUGUUGAUUGUACGACAUGCUUUUGUGUGCACAUUUAGAUGUUGUGCGGUAGGCGCAAUGCGGUGUUGGCUGGGCUCUUGGGCAUACGGCCUGGACUAGGGAGUGUGUAAUCUGGGUUGGAUACGCAAUGUUUGGGUGUUUCGCUUUUGUUUGGAAUUUGUUGCGAUGCGCGGGAGACUGUCGGUUAUUGGCUUCUGGGCGUGUUUUACGCAAGAGCGACUGCAAGAGAUGACCCGUGGAGCCAUGGUACACGUCUUGCUUCCCAUGUAUAGUUGGAUACUCGGGAACGUAGGGCCGCUUUGCCGGCGCUUUGCUUUCAUUGCUAUCCUUACGUUGUAGGACAUUGACAGUUAGGAGAUAGUCCAAGCAUCAGGAGGAAUUCGUGGCUGUUAACUUCGACGGUAUACGAUGCACGCACGCAUGGCAUCUUAGCGGUAGCCUACACAAUUGUACUACUGACCUAGAUAGACCUUAAUCGAGUGACUUGUGCUCAUUCCUUGGUAGAUAACAAGACGAUGGAUGACGCUUGCCGGCUCUUGGAUGCUAUUGGUAUUGUACUAUUGCCCGCUCGUAUUGGGGUAUGGGAACGACAAUAGAAUGGUUGUGUGUGCGCCACGUGUGCUUUGCUUUGCUAGGCGGGAUGAAAGGGCGUAAGUAAAAAGGUGGGACAGGGUUAGGGUGUGGCGUAUUUUUAAUGCGCUGGUGGCGGGUGUGCUUGGGUGGUUGGACGGCGCAAUACGGCACGUGUACAGCUCUUGACAGCUUUGAUUAUCGAUUUGUUGCUAUGCGCCUCUUCAAUUGCCAAGUAUCACUUAUAUGUGCCCUCCAAGCUCUCAUGAGCAUCGGCUGCUAGCAACUGUUGCAAUCCUUUGUUUGUGUUUGCCGUUGAACACGCUGAAGGGCACCUUCCAGGACAUAUUUACGCAUAUGUAGAAACAUAGUAUAGAGUAACCUUCUCUUUGCAGCAUGGAUCGCGAUGGCGAAGCCAACGAAAGCGAGCAGGUCAUUGAGAGCGUCGACUAUGAGGCCAUGCCUGUCACAAAGGCCAGGACUCUGAGCAAGCGAUUGUUUCUUGCGGGGUUCCUGUUCCUGCCGAUAAUGUGGGGCGCGAACGUAUGGCUUUUCUGGCCGGACUUCCGAGCGCAACGCGGGGACCCGGUCCUCAAACGCUACACGAAGUACUCUGCGAUAUGUUUUGUCGUUGCGACUACGGCUUUCCUGCCAUGGCUGUUGCUGUAUGCCAUCGCUGGGCAACACGUUUUGUCCGAGAAGGUGUACAAGGCUCUCGACGCUAACCGGCUGGAUUUGUCGAAGUAUGGCUUAGGCAUUAUAGAUCCAUAGUGGAUCGGUAACAAGAAAAAGGACAAAACUGUACAAAUGCGUGAAGGUGACCGUGGGUCGUUGCCUGCACGGCUUCCUUUGGGAACCAAGACAAGACAGUUGCCUCCAUCCGUUGCGAGGUAUUUGUUUGCCCUUUUCAUUAAAUCUCUAUGUGCAACGGAAGGCCUUGGUGUUACCCGGCAUGGAGACACCCAACCUAGACCCAGCGGGAUGUGUGCUGGGUGCCUCGUUCCACCUAUUUUAACGAAGGUGUCUUUUGCAGGUAAAUGCGUUAGCACCGACAGUAUAGUGACUUGCCUAUGGUUAGGGAUUAUGUACAUACAUGCGCGUCGUCAUUGCGGCUACUUCCUAUAUAAUGAGUUAAUGACACUAUGACAUCCCGGUGUAUCUGUGGUACAAUGGAUUGUACCCCCACGUGGGUGUAUUGGGUGGGCUACCAGAAGGUAUCAUGACGGGGUUCACGUCAUGUCAUGUACGCUUACUGUAAAAACCAAACAGAGCUGUCCUACUUCCCUCCG